ACUUUGGCCUUCCACUAAUGAUUGUCACCUGUCUGCUGAUCAAUUUUUGUCAAACAUCGUGCAGUGGAAAGACCAUGUUAAUAUACCACAAGUUCUUUCCCACGAAAUUCAUUUAACUACAAGCUACACGAUGAAAUGGAGUCAGCAGGUGUCGGCCAAAUUGCAUCGUUACGCUCGGUACCAAGCCCAUCUCAUUUCCGGCACAAAAAGAAACUGACGUUUCCAGUCAUAGCGAGACAGCCAUCAGCCAAAUACGGAUGUCACUCGAGUGUGUUUCGCCUUUUCAAUGAAUGCUAAACGAGCGAAUGAUACACGGCACGUCGCGUCGCGUCGUUUCGAAUGAUGAUUAAUUGGCGUGCACCGAAAAGGGACUCGCGACUGCUCCCUUCUCGUCGUCGCCAACAGUGUCGUUUCGUGAUCUCUUUUCUGUUCAUCAUCUAACUGUUACAUUAUCUAACUGUCAACAGAACAGAAACAUAAAGAGAAAUUUAUUAAAUUGUUGUUUAUAUGUUUUUCUUCUUUUUAAUUCAUGUAAUUAAAUUAAAUUAUAUUCUCAAUGUAAUUACAUCUACAUAACAUCCUCUUCUUAAUGCAAUUGUAUUUUCAAAGCCUUCCCAUCGAUCCAUUUGUGUUAAAAAUGAUUAGGUUUUCAUUCGCGUUCGGAAUAAAUUAAAACAGUAGAUAAUGAAAUUAAGAGAGACUGAGAAAUUCAUAUUACAGUUGACUAUCCACAGUAGCACUGUACGGUGAAUGUUUAGAACUUUAAGGAUCAUCUACGAUACACGAAGAUCCGGUGGUAUAUCGUGUGAGGAGAAACAGAUUAUUUUGGACGAACACAAUCGAUUGAGGCAACUAGUGGCAUUGGGACAUAUACAUGGUCAACCAGGUGCGGCGAAUAUGAUGGAGGUGAUAUGGGAUGAUGAACUUGCCGCGAUAGCACAAAGAUGGGCGGAUUAUUGUGCAGAGUCACACGAUAGUCUAAGAAACGUCCGGAGAUUUGCAGUAGGACAAAAUAUUGCUCGUUCAUGGACGACCAGGCCUCCAGGACCCUACGACGGUGUGCCAAAUUGGAGACGACAAAUUUCGGGGUGGUUCAACGAGGUACAAUAUUAUCAUUCUGGUUAUAGCAAAACUACUGGACACUACACACAGUUGGUAUGGAGCGACACUUUCUUGAUCGGAUGCGGAUAUUCCUUUUAUUACGAUCCGGCUCGCGGUUAUACCAAAAAUUACGUAUGCAACUAUGGACCGAGCGGAAAUGUAUUUGGCUUUCAACCUUACAAAUCAGGCCAACCUGCAUGCGGUAAUUAUGGCAUGUCCUACAGCAAUAGAUACGCUGGAUUAUGUUCUCGUGGAAGUUACUAUUAUUUGGGAGCUCUAUGUGUAUAUGGAUAAUAUGAAGAAUGUGUAUGUGAAUAUUUGCGAAGAAUGCAAGUUUUCAAAGUCUUUAACACUUGUUUAGUUUGUCCAUCGCUUACGAAUCCUUUUCAGAGACGUAGAACUGUGAUACAAGUAGACACAUAUAUACCAUAUAUUGUGCAAAUAAACAUGAAUAACGAAUAUUUCUCCCAAGUAGCGCUAGUAGAAUAAUCGGCCACAUUACGUACUGUAAUUGAUAGAUUUCAGUAAUUAGGAAACAUAAAUGAUGCGCUAUGUUAUGAUGUUUAUGACGUAGUAAGCUGUACAAAAUGUACAGUUUUUCAGAUAUUCAAGAGAAAAUUUGUUACUUUUUCAAUGUUUAGCUUAUCGUAGAGAUAUCUCGAUAACUC